AUUUUUAUAUGACAAAUCGAAUUGACUUGAUCAUAUGGUAAAAUCAUGAAAGGUGUCUUUCUUAUUACUUUGCUCUUCGCCUAUACCUUGGGAGCAUCUCAUUGGGAAUCAGACUUAUCAUGGCCUAAAGAUUUGAAAAAUGAAGAGAAUCGGAAUUACAAAGAAAUAAGAGAGAAACUUAAUGAUGAAUUUCAAAAGAAGUUGAAAGAUUUAAUGAAUCCUUUAUCUAAAAAUGAUACGGAUUCAAAGGACGAUCAAAUUCUUAAUAAGGAAUAUUCGGUAUUGGAUCAUUUGCCGGAUGAAACAUUGAAUCGAUUAAAACAUAUAAAGAAUGUUUACAAGUAUGAGAAACAACAAUCUAAAGAGAACGAUGAUGCUUCUUCGAAUUCAUCGGAUUCUUCGGAUUCAUCAGAUUCUUCGGAAUCAUCAGAUUCUUCGGAUUCAUCAGAUUCUUCGGAUUCAUCAGAUUCUACGGAAUCAUCAGAUUCUUCUUUGAACUCCUCCCAAUUGAAAUCAAAGGAAAAAGACAAAAACAAAUCUAAGGAAGAUAAACAUUGGAAAAAGUCGAAUCUCAAUAAGUCUGAUGAAGAUCAAGACAAGAAGGAAGAUAAGAAGAAACAGAAAGAGGACAAGAGCAAGCAUAUUAAAUAUGAUAAUUUUAAAUCCAGUGAUGAAGUGAAAUUAAAUGGAUUAUUGAAUGAAAUAGAAAAUUGGAAUUAUACAAUAUCUAAAAAAUUGUCCGAUGACGUAUUCAUUGAAUUAAAUUUAAAAAUAUUGAAGCAACUUUUAUCGUCAUUGAAGGAGAAAUUAAGUGAGAAGGAAAUUAGAAAGGAGCAGGAUAAAACAACCUCAUUUAAAAGUGAAGAGAACGGUAUAAAUUGUGAUAAAAAACUUAAUAAUACCGAUGGUAUAUCAACCGAAAGCAGAUGGAGUGAAAUAAAGUCAAUGAUUAUUAAAACUCUAAUAGAAAAAAAAUUGUGCGAUCGUAAGGGAUUAUUAGGAUGUACAGAUACUCAAAACAUAUUAAUUGUUAAAACAUUAAAAAGACUUCGAGAUCGUUUUGAACAUAAAUAUGGUAAUACUAUACUGAAAGACUUGCCAACAAAUAUAAGAAUUGCAUUAAAUGGUAUUUAUGAUAUAAUGACUACUACAUUCCAUUCUUAUCGUUCAAGUACAUCUUUAAACCAGAAUUCACAUGUUGGAGCAGUUUCAGAAGUCACAGGUAAUAUUGAAGUUUCAAAUUCUUCAUCUAAUGGUUAUCUAAAUGGUCUAGAAAUAACGUCUAUUCGUAAUGAUACUAUAGAACGACUACCAUGGUAUUAUCCGUUAGAUCAAGUUAAAAUUCAAAACUCAUCGCAUGCUAUAUCAGACAAAUCAUACUGGUCAGUAUCAUCAAGUAACUCAGAUAUUCAAGUUGUAUCAGGCAAAAAAGAAUUAGCUAUUACGAACGACAAAACAAAUUGGACAGUUGCAUCAAACAAAUCAGAUUUUCCAGAUAUAUCAGGAAAUUUAGACUGGCCAGUAGCAUCAGAUAAACCACACUUACCUGUUACAUCAGAUAAACCAGAGUGGCCAGUUGGAUCUGAUAAGCCAGAUUGGAUAGCAACAUCAGACAAACCAAAUUUGCCCAAUGUAUCGGACAGACCAGACUGGCCAGUUGGCUCACAUAAACCGCGAUUGCCAAUAUCAUCAAGUAAACCAAAUUUGCCAAUUACUACAGAAAAAUCUGACGGGUCAGCUGCAACAGAUAUUCCACAAUUACCAUUAUCAUCGAAUAAACCACACUUACCUGUUACAUCAGAUAAACCAGAGUGGCUAGUUGGAUCUGAUAAGCCAGAUUGGAUAGCAACAUCAGACGAACCAAAUUUGCCCAAUGUAUCGGACAGACCAGACUGGUCAGUUAGUUCACAUAAACCGCGAUUGCCAAUAUCAUCAAGUAAACCAAAUUUGCCAAUUACUACAGAAAAACAAGACUGGUCAGCUCCAACAGAUAAACCACAAUUACCAUUAUCAUCGAAUAAACCACACUUAUCUGUUACAUCAGAUAAACCAGAGUGGCCAGUUGGAUCUGAUAAGCCAAAUUGGAUAGCAACAUCAGACAAACCAAAUUUGCCCAAUGUAUCGGGCAGACCAGACUGGUCAGUUGGUUCACAUAAACCGCGAUUGCCAAUAUCAUCAAGUAAACCAAAUUUGCCAAUUACUACAGAAAAACAAGACUGGUCAGCUGCAACAGAUAAACCACAAUUACCAUUAUCAUCGAAUAAACCACACUUACCUGUUACAUCAGAUAAACCAGAGUGGCUAGUUGGAUCUGAUAAGCCAGAUUGGAUAGUAACAUCAGACAAACCAAAUUUGCCCAAUGUAUCGGACAGACCAGACUGGUCAGUUGGUUCACAUAAACCGCGAUUGCCAAUAUCAUCAAGUAAACCACAUUUGCCAAUUACCACAGAAAAAUCUGACGGGUCAGCUGCAACAGAUAUUUCACAAUUACCAUUAUCAUCGAAUAAACCACACUUACCUGUAAUAUCAGAUAAACCAGAGUGGCUAGUUGGAUCUGAUAAACCAGAUUGGAUAGCAACAUCAGUCAAACCAAAUUUGCCAAUUGUAUCGGACAGACCAGACUGGUCAGUUGGUUCACAUAAACCGCGAUUGCCAAUAUCAUCAAGUAAACCACAUUUGCCAAUUACUACAGAAAAACAAGACUGGUCAGCUGCAACAGAUAAACCACAAUUACCAUUAUCAUCGAAUAAACCACACUUACCUGUUAUAUCAGAUAAACCAGAGUGGCCAGUUGGAUCUGAUAAACCAGAUUGGAUAGCAACAUCAGAAAAACCAAAUUUGCCCAAUGUAUCGGACAGACCAGACUGGUCAGUUGGUUCACAUAAACCGCGAUUGCCAAUAUCAUCAAGUAAACCAAAUUUGCCAAUUACUACAGAAAAACAAGACUGGUCAGCUGCAACAGAUAAACCACAAUUACCAUUAUCAUCGAAUAAACCACACUUACCUGUUACAUCAGAUAAACCAGAGUGGCUAGUUGGAUCUGAUAAGCCAGAUUGGAUAGCAACAUCAGACGAACCAAAUUUGCCCAAUGUAUCGGACAGACCAGACUGGUCAGUUGGUUCACAUAAACCGCGAUUGCCAAUAUCAUCAAGUAAACCACAUUUGCCAAUUACUACAGAAAAAUCUGACUGGUCAGCUGCAACAGAUAAACCACAAUUACCAUUAUCAUCGAAUAAACCACACUUACCUGUUAUAUCAGAUAAACCAGAGUGGCCAGUUGGAUCUGAUAAACCAGAUUGGAUAGCAACAUCAGAAAAACCAAAUUUGCCCAAUGUAUCGGACAGACCAGACUGGUCAGUUGGUUCACAUAAACCGCGAUUGCCAAUAUCAUCAAGUAAACCAAAUUUGCCAAUUACUACAGAAAAACAAGACUGGUCAGCUGCAACAGAUAAACCACAAUUACCAUUAUCAUCGAAUAAACCACACUUACCUGUUACAUCAGAUAAACCAGAGUGGCUAGUUGGAUCUGAUAAGCCAGAUUGGAUAGCAACAUCAGACGAACCAAAUUUGCCCAAUGUAUCGGACAGACCAGACUGGUCAGUUGGUUCACAUAAACCGCGAUUGCCAAUAUCAUCAAGUAAACCACAUUUGCCAAUUACUACAGAAAAACAAGACUGGUCAGCUACAUCAGAUAUUCCACAAUUACCAUUAUCAUCGAAUAAACCACACUUACCUGUUAUAUCAGAUAAACCAGAGUGGCCAGUUGGAUCUGAUAAGCCAGAUUGGAUAGCAACAUCAGUCAAACCAAAUUUGCCCAUUGUAUCGGACAGACCGGACUGGUCAGUAGGUUCACAUAAACCGCGAUUGCCAAUAUCAUCAAGUAAACCACAUUUGCCAAUUACUACAGAAAAAUCUGACGGGUCAACUAUAUCAGAUAAACCACAAUUACCAUUAUCAUCGAAUAAACCACACUUACCUGUUACAUCAGAUAAACCAGAGUGGCUAGUUGGAUCUGAUAAGCUAGAUUGGAUAGCAACAUCAGUCAAACCAUAUUUGCCAAUUGUAUCGGACAGACCAGACUGGUCAGUUGGUUCACAUAAACCGCGAUUGCCAAUAUCAUCAAGUAAACCACAUUUGCCAAUUACUACAGAAAAACAAGACUGGUCAGCUACAUCAGAUAUUCCACAAUUACCAUUAUCAUCGAAUAAACCACACUUACCUGUAAUAUCAGAUAAACCAGAGUGGCUAGUUGGAUCUGAUAAACCAGAUUGGAUAGCAACAUCAGUCAAACCAAAUUUGCCAAUUGUAUCGGACAGACCAGACUGGUCAGUUGGUUCACAUAAACCGCGAUUGCCAAUAUCAUCAAGUAAACCAAAUUUGCCAAUUACUACAGAAAAAUCAGACUGGUCAGCUGCAACAGAUAAACCACAAUUACCAUUAUCAUCGAAUAAACCACACUUACCUGUUAUAUCAGAUAAACCAGAGUGGCCAGUUGGAUCUGAUAAACCAGAUUGGAUAGCAACAUCAGAAAAACCAAAUUUGCCCAAUGUAUCGGACAGACCAGACUGGUCAGUUGGUUCACAUAAACCGCGAUUGCCAAUAUCAUCAAGUAAACCAAAUUUGCCAAUUACUACAGAAAAACAAGACUGGUCAGCUGCAACAGAUAAACCACAAUUACCAUUAUCAUCGAAUAAACCACACUUACCUGUUACAUCAGAUAAACCAGAGUGGCUAGUUGGAUCUGAUAAGCCAGAUUGGAUAGCAACAUCAGUCAAACCAAAUUUGCCAAUUGUAUCGGACAGACCAGACUGGUCAGUUGGUUCACAUAAACCGCGAUUGCCAAUAUCAUCAAGUAAACCACAUUUGCCAAUUACUACAGAAAAACAAGACUGGUCAGCUACAUCAGAUAUUACACAAUUACCAUUAUCAUCGAAUAAACCACACUUACCUGUAAUAUCAGAUAAACCAGAGUGGCUAGUUGGAUCUGAUAAACCAGAUUGGAUAGCAACAUCAGUCAAACCAAAUUUGCCAAUUGUAUCGGACAGACCAGACUGGUCAGUUGGUUCACAUAAACCGCGAUUGCCAAUAUCAUCAAGUAAACCAAAUUUGCCAAUUACUACAGAAAAACAAGACUGGUUAGCUACAUCAGAUAAUCCACAAUUACCAUUAUCAUCGAAUAAACCACACUUACCUAUUAUAUCAGAUAAACCAGAGUGGCUAGUUGGAUCUGAUAAACCAGAUUGGAUAGCAACAUCAGUUAAACCUCACUUGCCAGUUGUAUCAGUCAGACCAGACUGGCCAGUUGCUUCACAUAAACCGCGAUUGCCAAUAUCAUCAAGUAAACCAAAUUUGCCAAUUACUACAGAAAAACAAGAUUGGUUAGCUACAUCAGAUAAUCCACAAUUACCAUUAUCAUCGAAUAAACCACACUUACCUGUUAUAUCAGAUAAUCCAGAGUGGCUAGUUGGAUCUGAUAAACCAGAUUGGAUAGCAACAUCAGUCAAUCCAAAUUUGAAUUCUAAUUCAAGUUCCCGUAUUACUAUACAGAAUGGAGAAAAAAUCUCUAAUGAUAAUUUAAGUUUAAAUAACAAUAAGAAUGUUGUUUUACCAUCCCAAUCUUCUCUAUUGAAUGACGAAAUUGGAUCUUUAACUGUUAUCCCAUGUUCCAAUGGUUAUAUAUCGACUCCUAGUGCAAUUACAGAUAAUACAACAAAAUGGGAUUUACAAUCAAACUCAACACUAACAAAAAUAUCUAACAGCAAUACUGUAGUACCUAUUACUACUGAAAAAAUUUAUCCUCGGUGGAAGGAUUUAAUUCCCAUUUCUGCAACCGAUAAAAAGUCUUUUGUAAACUCAAGUGAAUCUGAGUUUUCUCCAACUAUUGAUUCACAAUAUACGAAUAUUAGUUUUAAUAUAAAUUCUAGCAAUGGGAAUGAUAAUUCAGGAGUUGACAGAAAUAUAAGUAAAACAGUGAAAAAAGAACUUUCGACGUCUAAGCAAUCAUCUGAUUCUCAAUUUAUCAAUUUACAGUCGAACACCAGUUCUGAAUCUAAUAAUAGUGAAAGUUCUAUAUUUUCAUUACCAUCAUCCAAUUUAUCAGAUACAAUAAAAAAUCAAAAUGUUAAUUUUACUUCUGGAAGUAGUAUUGAAAAUUAUGCAAUAAAAGUUGAUGGUCAAUCUCAAAAUGGAUCUACGAUAUCUAAUAACAUAGUAAACGUUACUCAGAAGUCUACUGUUUCUAAAUGGAAUUCUAAUAGUACCAAUGAAUGGCAUGAAGCUGAGCAUAGGUCUGAUCUCGAAGCAAUCGAUACUGUCUCUGCAAUUGUUCUGCAAGAUGCUAACCCAGAGAUAACAACGAAAACUCUCAAAACGCUCUUCGAUGAAGAAGAACAAGCUGGUGAUCCGAUAAUUUUAAAUGGAGAAGAUAAUUUUGAUGGCAUUAUUGAAAAACGUACUCUUAAUACUGGAGUUGGAGCAGAAAGUGUAAGUACAGAUGAUGGUACAGUAGAUGAAAAUAAGUCUCCAAAUAAUAUAUCCGACAUAGAAGCUGCAAUAAAUCAAUCUUCACCUACCACAAUUAUUAAAUAUACAAACAACGGGGCAAUUACUAAAACAAUUGAUAUAAACGAUACCAAUCAAUUAAUGGAGCUCCUUCAAAAUAUAUACAAUCAUUUGCAAGGAUCUUAAAAAUAUAAAUUUCUAACGAUUUAUUAGUUGAUCGUCGUUAUGUCACGAGGAUCGAUAUUGUUUAUAAACCAUGUUUCAAUAAUAUGAAUUUUACAAGCGUUAUCGAUAUA